AUGUCCUCCCAGGUUCCCUCUCUCGCUAGCCUAUCUCCCCAUCGUCUUUCGCCUCUUACCUCUGAUAGCCUGAGCUCCGUCAUCUCUGUCUCUUCGUCGUCCGAUUCAGAGACCGGAGAUCUCUGCGCAAUGUCGUCUGGCCCGCCUUCGCCACUUCUCCCACGCUUGGAAGCGAGUGUGGCACCGGCCACGUCGGACUCGCAAGCCACUGAGAAGCACCCUGAGCACUUCCAUCCAGGUGGCGACGUAAAGAUACUGAUUGGGCGCACGCUGUACCAGUUACACGGCGAUGUUCUUGCUCGCCAAUCUGGCUGGUACCGUGCAUACCGUGAGGCUGUGGGCGAUGAUAGCACGCUCCCUUCCGGCUGGACCGCCCAACCCGGACCCUUCUGUACCAUAUACGUCCACCAUGGGAAGGAAAAGGUCCAGUUUGAGCGCCCGCGCGCGGUGGAGGAGCAGACUGGCGCCAUUGUCGUUGAAGAUAUCACUCCUUGGGCGAUGGACCUUUUCCUCGCGAUAUUGUACCCCACGGACUUCAUGUCUUUCGGUCUUACAGGUCAAGAAGAAUGGACGGCCGUUCUCAAAGUAGCCCAUAUGUGGGACUGCUCUGCCAUUCGCACGCUUGCCGCCGAUCGACUUGACCGCGAACUCGGGGAUCCUAGCUGCGCAGUCAAGGCCUUUGAUCGUCUCAUCGUAGCGCGUAAGUAUACCAUCGAGGCAUGGGUCAAGCCCGCUUUGGCCAGCCUUGUGGAGCGGAGUGCACCGCUGGAUGCGGAGGAGAUCGAGCAAAUGCUCCCUGAAGACGUCGCGUAUGUUGCAGCCAAACGCGAGGACCGCGCUCUUCACAAGGAUACCCCAUCCUUGGUACUCUUCACGCCCGAACCACCCAUGAUCUCACCUCUUCCGCGCCUCUCUCCCAGACGUGUGGAAGCAGUGGCAGAGGAAGGACAUGCGCCCUCGUACGAUUACGGGCCGUAUUUCCCGACAAAUACGCUACAGUCUCCCGCUACUCUUUCUGACCUGCGAUCCUCGUGUUCGCCUACUAUAUCGAUACUACGCGCACCGAGUCCUCCCCAAGCUCGUUCGCCUCCGAUGUUCACGACGAGCUCUAGGGCAUCAAGCCCAAUGGAGUCUCCCACUCGUUCUAUCGACGCGUUCCGCCCGUGGACUCCGCCCCCGCCCCCGGUGCCGAACCCACCUCGAGCAUGGUCGAUAACACCCGCGUCGAGUGAUUCGAGGCAGUCUCGCCCGGAGACGCUUACUCGAGUUCGCUCGCAGAGUCCGUCGCCUGAGGACAUCCCUACUGAGCCUCAUGUCCCAAGCCCAAACCAGAAUCCCUUCACGAGCCCUCCGCGAGUGCAACAGCCGCCUUUUGUGCCCAGUCCUCCCCGUUCGACAGUCCAAUCACAGUCGCCAUACGUGUUGACUGAGGUGUUGCCUCCGAGGCAGCAGCCGCGGAGAUGGCCCGGAGGGUGGCCCAGUAUGCCACCACCAGCUGGAACGUUCGAGGUUCCAAGUUCAAGGCCGAGUUCAAUGGCGUGGCCGUACCAGGCUUCGCCAAGUACACCACCGUGGGCGAUUCAACGGAUGGCGACCCAUGCAGCUCAGAGGUUACCUCCACGCCCGACGGUACUAGAGGUUGCAGACUGUAUGCCAGUCUCCAUGCCGCCGCCACCUCCGCCCGAACUACCGUCGUCUCGCCCGAUCGCGGUGCCCAGGUCCGCCAACACCUUGUUCUGA